AUGGCUCAGCCGAGGCCAUUACUGUUGCUCCGUCUCGCAUUCGCCCUGUGCUUCUUGCUCAUAAGAUGCAUGUUGGCUGACGCGGCCAUCGUUGAGCACACCUUCAAUGUGGGCAACCUGACGGUGGAGCGUCUGGGCCGGAGCCAGGUGAUCACGGCGGUGAACGGGCAGUUCCCGGGCCCCAAGAUCGAGGCCCGCGACGGCGACACGGUGGUGGUGCACGUCGUGAACAACUCCCCCUACAACAUGAGCAUCCACUGGCACGGCAUCCUGCAGCGGCAGUCGAGCUGGGCGGACGGGCCCAACAUGGUGUCGCAGUGCCCCAUCCGCCCCGGCGGCGGCCGCUACACCUACCGCUUCAACAUCACCGGGCAGGAGGGCACGCUGUGGUGGCACGCCCACGUCUCCUUCCUCCGCGCCACCGUCUACGGCGCGCUGCUCCUGCGGCCGGCGCCGGCAGAGGGGUACCCCUUCGACAAGCCCCACCGCGAGGCCACCAUCCUCCUCGGCGAAUGGUGGAACGCCAGCGUCGUCGACGUCGAGAGGCAGGCCCUCCUCGCCGGCGGCGCGCCCAACAACUCCGUCGCGCUCACCAUCAACGGCCUCGUCGAUGGUGACCACCAGCUGCUCGCCGUGGAGCGCGGCCGGACUUACCUGCUCCGCAUCGUCAACGCCGCGCUCAACUACCAGCUCUUCUUCAAGGUCGCCGCCCACUCCUUCACCGUCGUCGCCGCCGACGCCUGCUACACCGACCCCUACCACACCGACGUCAUCGUCGUCGCGCCGGGCCAGACGGUGGACGCGCUCAUGCGCGCCGACGCCCACCCGGGUCGCUACUACAUGGCCGCCCAGGUGUACCAGAGCCUCGCCAACGCAACCUACAGCGCCACCGCCACGGCCCUCAUCACCUACUACCACCAAGACGAUGCAACGCCGCCAGAGAUGCCGAGCAUGCCGGCGUUCAACGACAGCGCCACCGCCGAGCGCUUCUACGCCGGCCUCACCGGGCUGCUGCGGGACAGCACGCCGACGGUGCCGCUCCACGUGGACACGCGGAUGCUGGUGACCUUCGGCCUGGGCGUGACGCCGUGCGCGCCGGAGCAGACGCUGUGCAACCGGACGCUGGGCUCCGUGGCGGGCAGCAUGAACAACGUGUCCUUCCAGUUCCCGGCGGCCAUGUCGCUGCUGGAGGCGCACAUGCGGGGCGAUCCGGACGGCGUGUACACGCGCGAGUUCCCGGACCGGCCGCCGGUGAUGUUCGACUUCUCGGGCGAGGCGGGGGCGGGCGCCGCCUUCGCCUUCACCUCCAAGGGGACCAAGGUGAAGGCGCUGCGGUACGGCGAGACGGUGGAGGUGGUGCUGCAGAACACGGCCAUCCUUGGCGCCGAGAACCAUCCGCUGCACCUCCACGGCUUCAACUUCUACGUCCUGGCGCAGGGCGCCGGCAACUUCAACGCCCACAGGCACGUGCGCGCCUACAACCUCGUCAACCCGCACCAGCGCAACACCGUCGCAGUCCCCACCGGCGGAUGGGCCGUCAUCCGCUUCACCGCUGACAACCCGGGCGUGUGGAUCAUGCACUGCCACCUGGACUCGCACCUGCCCUUCGGCCUGGCCAUGAUCUUCGAGGUGGACGACGGCCCCACGCCUGACGCCGUUCUCCCACCGCCGCCGCCAGACUACCCCCGGUGCUGAUCAAUCACUUAGCAAAUCAAGAACAAACAAACUCCAUCUCCUCCAUUCUUUAUUCCUUCCUUAGCACUUAGUUUUAUGUUCAGUUGCCAGUGUCUUGCCGAUGAGUAUAUAUGUUGCAAUUGCAACAAGCUGCUAUUCAGAUUCUC